UCGAACCAAGGCCGCGCCACUUGCCACGGUCUCCCCUCGACCGCCAGCCGCCGCCCUCCUCCGCGCCCCAACCCGCAGAGGGGCUGUGCUGCCUUCUCACGCGCGGCGGAAACUUUGGUGGGAGGGAUUAUGCGCCACCUGCUCCUGCCUCGCCGCCUCAUCCCCAUGGCUCCCCUGCCCUCCUCCGCCGCGACCAAAGCCCUCCUCUUAAACCCCGCCCCGGUCCCCGCCCGCGGCCGCCUCCACUCCCCGCUCGCCUGUCUCCCUGCCCCGGGCGGCCGCUCGUUCCGUGGCGCUUCGCUCCGGUGCUAUGCCGCCGCCGCGGCGGUGGCCGAGCACCAGCGCAUCAAGGUCCAGAACCCCAUCGUCGAGAUGGACGGUGACGAGAUGACGCGGGUCAUAUGGAAGAUGAUUAAGGAUAAGCUUAUCUUCCCGUACCUAGAACUGGAUGUCAAGUACUUCGACCUUGGAGUGCUCAACCGGGACGCCACCGAUGAUAAGGUCACUGUCGAGAGUGCCGAGGCUACGUUGGAGUACAAUGUUGCCGUCAAGUGUGCUACAAUUACUCCUGAUGAAACAAGAGUUAAAGAGUUCAAGCUCAAGUCAAUGUGGAGGAGCCCAAAUGGCACCAUCAGGAAUAUUCUAAAUGGAACUGUUUUCCGGGAGCCCAUCUUGUGUAAAAAUAUUCCACGGAUACUUUCUGGUUGGAAGAAACCCAUCUGCAUAGGAAGGCAUGCAUUUGGAGACCAGUAUCGAGCUACUGAUACAAUUAUUAAUGGUCCAGGAAAGCUUAAGAUGGUUUUUGUCCCUGAUGGGGGUGAGCCGGUGGAACUAAAUGUUCAUGAUUUUAAAGGGCCUGGAGUUGCGUUGGCAAUGUAUAAUGUUGACGAGUCUAUUAGGGCAUUUGCUGAGUCAUCAAUGGCAAUGGCUCUUUCAAAGAAAUGGCCCCUUUAUCUGAGCACCAAGAAUACUAUACUAAAAAAAUAUGAUGGCAGAUUCAAGGACAUCUUUCAAGAGGUAUAUGAAGAGAAUUGGAAGGAGAAGUUUGAGGAGAACUCAAUAUGGUAUGAGCACCGGUUGAUUGAUGACAUGGUGGCAUAUGCUGUGAAAAGUGAAGGUGGGUAUGUCUGGGCGUGCAAAAACUAUGAUGGAGAUGUUCAGAGUGACUUCCUUGCCCAAGGUUUUGGUUCCUUGGGUUUGAUGUCAUCUGUUCUGUUAUCUUCUGAUGGGAAGACAUUAGAGGCAGAAGCUGCUCAUGGGACUGUCACUAGACAUUUCAGGCUACAUCAGAAGGGACAGGAGACGAGUACCAAUAGCAUAGCUUCUAUAUUUGCUUGGACUCGUGGAUUAGAACAUAGAGCAAAGCUGGAUAAAAAUGAUAGGUUGCUGGAUUUCACUCAGAAGCUUGAAUCUGCAUGUGUUGAAACAGUUGAAUCUGGAAAAAUGACGAAGGAUCUCGCGCUUCUUAGCCAUGGCCCCAAGGUAACAAGGGAGUUUUACCUGAGCACGGAGGAAUUCAUUGAUGCUGUCGCUCAGCAGCUUCAAGAAAAGAUUAAGUUACCGGCUGCGUUAUAAUUACUCUGUGAAGAUGCUAUUUCUAGCCAGUAGCCUUGAGUUGGGUGUACCAGGUUCAAACUUGCUGCGCGUAUUCGGCACAUUUUGAUUGACAUGAUGAAUUGGAAGGUCCCAUCCUGUUGCUUUUGUCUCUGGAGCAAUUUUUUGUUCAGGCUACUAUUUCAUGGUGUUCAUAAUCUGCCAUUUAUGAUUUUCCCUUCAGAGUCUGUUGGGUAAAUAAUGGUACAUCGACCAGUGAACUUACACUUGACUUUACAUAAACUGUCUCCGUCCUGAAAUAAGUGACGGGUAUUUGUAUAAGAAUAACUCCCUCCGUCCUGAUUUCAGGAUGGAGUACAUUAGAUUAGCUUUAUCCAUUUUGCUCAAUUUUAUUUGCUUCUCCGCCUUGUGGUUCUGAUUGAAAUGAUAGAGAGCUACUCACAAUGUUUUAUGAAAUGCAUUCUGUGCCCAUUUGAGACCA